AUGUAUGACAACAUCUCUGAUUUCACAAGAUAUGAUGACGACCAUGACCCCGAACACGGUGAAGAAGAAGUUUUACAAACAUCCAUUAAGACAGGAAAGGUUUUAACACAAAGUCUCAUUAUUGACACCAAAGAUGGUGAAGUGGACGUUCUUCAAGAGCUGAAGAAAAAUACUUCUUCGGGAGGUGGUGGUAGGCAUGAACUUGAAAUAAAUGAGAUAGAAGAGAAAUUAGCCGAAAAAGCAGAUAAAAACCACGUUCAUUAUAUAACUUCAGACGAACAGAUUAUAACGGACUACCAUGGAUAUUUAACACAGGUUGAACAAAUAAGCACUGAAGAUGUUAAUGAAAGAAGAUAUAAAUACAUUCGUGCUAAAGGUUAUGACAUAAGCUGUACUGUACAUUAUGACACGGGUAAAGCGCUAGAAGCAUUUAGUUAUAACGAUGAAAUUUAUGCCUCUACUUUCUCUGUUAAAGGUGUAUUAGUUGAACCAAGAUUUACUUUGAGAGUUAAGUCAAAAAUAACGUUUGAAGAUGCUAUUAAAAGUAAAGCUGACAAAGUUGAACUCGAAGCAAUGAACAAAGUUUUGAAAUCUCAUAAACACAACAUCUCCGAUAUAAAUGAACUUCAAGCUACAUUAGACAGUAAAGCCGACAAGAACCAUACACAUGAAUCCUUCACUACUGUUAGAGCAGACGACAUAAUAUUGAACUAUACCCUUGGUUCAAGUGCACCUUUAGAGAAUCCAAGUACAAGCGUAAAAGAUACACUAAACUCCUUAAAUAGUAAAUGUAUGAACAUUGAAGGUCAUGUCAGAAACUUUGAAACAUAUAA